CGCGGUGCCCGAACGGCGGCAGCUGGGAUCCUGCGAGCGCCGCGUGUGCGUGCAGGCGUGUGCCCUCCCGCCGUGGGUGCGGGUCCCUGUGCCUGCCCCAGUUUUGCCGGUCCGGCUGGCGGCCCCGGCGCUGUCCCGGCCGGUGGAGCGGGGCCGGGCUGGGAGAGGAGUUCCUUUGUGGCGCAGGGAGCUGGACCGGAGGAACUCGCUCGGUCUUUGCUGCCGCUGUGCCCGGUGUCCCCUCGAGUGCCUGCAGCUUGAGCCGAGCCUGCCCGGGUGUCGGACGGAGAUGCGCUGCGGUUCCCGUGGUCCCUUGUGCUAUCGGUAGUCGGGCCGCACGCUUUCGAUGGCUUGUUAUUGCAGUUGGUCUAGUUCGAGCAUACUUGGCUAAAGGUAGCUACCAUAGCCUUUACUAUUCAAUAGAAAAGCCCCUGAAAUUCUUCCAAACUGGAGCUUUGCUUGAGAUUCUGCACUGUGCAUUUGGCAUUGUUCCUUCUUCUGUUGUUCUGACUGCUUUCCAAGUGAUGUCAAGGGUUUUCCUGACGUGGGCAGUAACACAUAGUGUAAAAGAGGUACAAACUGAAGAUAGUGUCCUGCUGUUUGUGGUGGCCUGGACAAUCACUGAGAUAAUUCGUUAUUCUUUUUAUACGUUUAGCUUGUUAAACCAUCUGCCUUAUCUCAUCAAAUGGGCCAGAUACACUUUGUUUAUAGUAUUGUAUCCAAUGGGAGUCUCAGGCGAAUUACUCACAAUAUAUGCUGCGUUACCCUUCGUGAGGCAGUCUGGCUUGUAUUCCAUUAGUUUACCUAACAAGUACAAUUUUUCUUUUGACUACUAUACGUUCCUGAUCCUGGUUAUGAUCUCUUACAUUCCAAUCUUUCCUCAGCUGUAUUUUCAUAUGCUACAUCAGAGGCGAAAGGUACUCUCCCACACUGAAGAACACAAGAAGUCGGAGUAAUUUGAACUAUUUUUCAGAACUUUUCAAACAUCAAAAUGCUGCAGAUUUUCAAUACCCAGCACGUUUAUAAAGAAUAUACCUGGAUAAAAUGUCAGACGUAAAAGACCAAUAAUUUAGCAAGAAUAACCAAUAAAUCUGAUUUCACUGAAAUUCCACAAUGUAAAACAUUGAAAUAAUUUUCAGCUUGCAGUGCUUCAGAAAACUUUUAAACUUAUAUGGCUUGGCAGUUAGCCUUUUCCUUAAAUGAUGUGCUAAAUGGUUUUCAUUUAUUACUAAAUGCCUGAAGGUUGCAGUAUGAGUGAUGAAGUUGUACCCACUAAUUGCUUGAAUUGGGAUUAUAUUACUGAUACCUCUUUUUUUUAAAUGCUUGACUGCAUGCCAGAAACUGUAUGUAUUGCUGUGAAAGCAAACAAUAUGCUCUGGAAUACUUUAGGAUUUUGUUAGAGACUCCAGUGGACAACGUAAUCCGGGCAAAGUGUUUGAAUUUAGAAAGGUAGGUUUUCUAUUUAAAAGGUGAUGGGAACAAGAACAGGAAACUAAUUAUAAGAAAUGAGGGGAAUGUGGUUCUUUAGGAAUUUAAACAGUAGGGUGUCUGACCAGAGUGUGUUCUCUGAAGAUCUUGUUUAAGCUGAUUACUCAAAUGCUAAUGUUAAUUCAGAGGCUAAAAUGUUUAUCUGAAAUAUUAAAACUCCUUUACUGCAUCCCUGGAUACUUUUUUAAUAUAUUAAAAAAAAAACCCAAAACCUGACUGUAAUAUUUCUAGUGAUGUCAGUAGUGAGUCUAAACAAUAGAAGGAGGCAGGUCACCCAGAAACCGGUGCAGUUCUUCCUUUUUUACUUUAAAUAAUCAUCUCUAAUCACUGUCCACUGUCUCAGUGGUAUUCAUGUUUCAGUGUUGAGGACUAUUUGGUCUGCUGUGGAAUCAUCUGAAGGCCUUGUUCCUCAACCUAAUUUUUCUCAAGUGACUAAUGUGUAUCACUCUGGCGCAUCCAAGCAGGCAGUUCCAGGCACUCAGCUUCUGAAAUGUUGCAAAUUCAUAAGCUUCUUCUUUGAAAGCAGAUUAUCUCACACGUUGCAUGCUGCUUUUGCAGAUUGGACAAGCCUUCCCUCAUCUGCUCUUUUGAAAGAGCAGAAGACCAUAGAAAGUUAAAUUUUCUUAGGUGCUUUCUCUGGCUUCUCAGGCUAAGCCUUUCCUUGGGAAGGUAAAAGAGGAAAUGAAAGAACUGAGAAAACCUUGUGGCAAGGUGUAAUGCACUAAUGCUGUGUGAGCAGUACCCCAAGUUAUGAACAGACUGUUGGGGGGGCGGGGGGGAUGGAAGGGACCAAGGGAGCAGGGAAGUGAACAGAUAUCCAAGCAAAGGCAAAAGGAAAUGUAGGUUAUGGUCUGUGCUCUUGAUAGUUGAAUAGUCCUGUCUUGAUCCAGUCAGAGCCACUAGACAACACCACAAGGGCUUCUCUGGCUUCCCUCUUGUAACAUGAUGAUUUAGUGCAUAAAUGAGGUGUGACCACUUCUGUGGUAGCUGCAAUACUAAUCUCAUGCUGUGCCUACCAGCACCUCCUCCUGGACGGGGCCCGUAUCUUUGUCCCAGUUACUGGUGCUUGAUGCGUUGUAGCUCACAUAGCCAGUGAGUACUGAGGGCACAGGCUCUCUGUUCUAGCACUUGGGGAGAGCUGGAUUUACAAUUAUUUUGGUUUGUUUGUCAGAGCUAUAUUUAAAACUGUAUUCUUCAGUAAUUUCCUUUGGCUCCAUCAAAAAGUCUGACUGAAUUUUCCUAGCGCUCAGUAACAGUAUAAUACCUUUCCUGUUCAACACAAACAGGACUAUUGUAAGCAGGGAGAGGGUAAGAGACAAUAAUGACUUUUGCUUCUAUUUUAAACCUUUUAGAGACAGCUGUUGGCUGUAAUAAAAAAUGCUAUGGCCAUAUACACUCUGAGUGGUUUGGCAUUCAAGGAUGCAACGAUUUCAAUUCACUUCUCCAUCAGGUGCUUUGUUGUAGUGAUCUGAGAGAUGUUGCAUUACGCUUUUGAACAGUGAGUUCAGUGUAAACUUCCACCUCUGAACAAAACAUCUCCUUUUGCUUAUACUUGCUAUCAAGAGUGUCAGUAUUUCUGAAGGAUGUCAUCUAGAGGAUCUGAUUUCCUCACGUACUCAGGUUACUGGAUAUUGUUGAUGCUCAGCUCCUGAAUUUUUCUUGAUUGAAUUUCUGUGCCCAAAUAAAAGAUUUGGUUUCAAAUUUGUUGGCCCAAUUUGGGGAAAGAAAUGGCUGUGUAGUAUUCCUAUAUGAAACAAAGUCAUAGCUCUGUUGAUGAGAAAGAUGUAGUACGGAUCUGUAUGAGAUAGCAUUGGCACUGUGUUAAAGCAAAGAGAGCUGCCAUUAGGGAGAAGGCUUGUACAACCAACGUCGUUACUGAAUAAGCUUUAUUGUGGAAUAUUUAAUUGCAAAUAUUAAUUUACCACACAAAUGCAAAUAAACUACAGUCUUUUAAAAGUGAGUUACUUUUAAAAGAAAUAGAAAUUGCUUUGGUAGUAAGAAAUCUUAUCAGCAAAGUUGAUUUAAAAAUUAUAUUCUGAAGUAGGAACAUGCAGUUGUUAUGUACAAGAAUUCUAGCACUUCAGCUUGCAGUGCUCUUUCAGGUUUAGCUUCCAUGGAAAUCACUAGAAAGUGAUCUUGAUUAAGAACUGUAGUGCAGUGCCCUAAUACUGUUUGGGUUUUUCCCUAAUACUGACUUGGGUCACACGUGCGGGGUUUUUCCUCCUCAUAAGAACAAGUUUCCCCUCAUCUGUCACUGAAAUUGUAAUGUGGUUUGUGAACUUUAUAAUAGAAGCUUUGAUUAGUACUCUUUGUCACAGAUCUAGAGAGUUGGGUUUUUUUCCCCACAGACUAUUUACUUGGCUUGCAUGUUUUCCAUCAGCAUCACCAAACUUCUGCAGCAGACAGGUUUUCUGCUUUGGUAGUCUUUGUGUUGUGUGCACUAACUCAGUCGACAGUACUUUAUGUUCUACCAUGCCAGCUCUGUCCAAGUUAGUCAUUACCCUCUAAAAGACCAAGGUUCUUAUCAGUGUAUAGUUUACAACUGGAUUUGUAGAAAUGUUCAUAUUGUAAAUUACAGUAAGAUGCAGGUUACAGUGCAGGUAAAUUGUAAUUUUUUACAAUGUGAUGUUUCUAUCAAAGUGGGUUUUUUAUUUAUCAGUAGAAAGGUUGGCAUUUGUGUGGACCAAUCUGCAGUGUCAUCUUAAAACCUAUCUUUCAGCUUAAAAUUUUCAUGAGUAUACAUCAAAUCAUACAUUUUGAUGUAUAUUUAUGUCAGUGAAAUUUGGGUGCAAACUAUAUACAGUCAUUUUUGUAUUUUUUUCUAUGUUGUGAAGAAUAAAAUUGUAAUUUUAUAAGUCUGAUUCACUAAGGUUAUCAUAAGUUAAAUGUAUUUUUUUGUAUAUUUAGGAAUCUGAUAUUACCUGGAGCUCUGAAAGAUAAAGACUAGACCUUUUUAUGCAUGUUUGGAAGAUAUUUCUACUUGAUAAUGCAGUUAAAUGGUUUGUAUGCUAAAAUACUAGUCCGUGUUGUUGCCUUGUGAAAUUGAUUCUGUGCUCUCUGCCUGGAUUUGGCCUACUGAUCAGUGAUACUAAUUGCUAUAAUCCAAAUAAAAUAAUUCUGAACAAAA